UCGGAGAUGUCUUGAGUGAACAGCUCACCUCCACCACAAUGUCCAUGAACAAUUCCAGGCCCCCACUGUUGCCGGCAAUCGGGAUCCUUUCAAACACAACCUGCCAAACAGAAAAGAGGCUUUCAGUAUUUUUUUCAGUAAUCUUCAUGACAGUGGGAAUCCUGUCAAACAGCCUCGCCAUAGUAAUUCUCAUGAAGGCAUAUCAAAGAUUUAGACAGAAGUCAAAGGCAUCUUUUUUGCUGUUUGCUAGUGGCUUAGUUAUCACAGAUCUGUUUGGCCACCUCAUCAAUGGAGCCAUAGCGGUUUUUGUCUAUGCCUCCGAUAAAGACUGGAUCCGCUUUAACCAAUUUAACGUUCUUUGCAGUGUUUUUGGCAUGUGCAUGGUGUUUUUCGGACUGUGCCCUCUCUUCCUGGGCAGUGUGAUGGCGGUCGAACGGUGCAUUGGGGUCACCAAACCGAUAUUCCACUCUACAAAAAUGACAUCCAAGCAUGUGAAAAUGAUGUUGACCGGAGUGUGUCUUUUUGCUGUUUUUGUUGCGUUGCUGCCAAUAGUUAGGUUUCGAGCCUAUGCAAUUCAAGCAUCAAGGACCUGGUGCUUCUACAAAACAGAGCACAUCCAAGACUGGGAAGACAGAUUUUUUCUUCUGCUUUUUUCUUUUCUUGGGUUGCUAGCCCUGGGUAUUUCCUUUUUAUGCAAUGCCAUCACUGGAAUUACACUUUUAAGAGUAAAAUUUAAAGGUCAACAGCACCGACAAGGCAGGUCUCAUCAUUUUGAAAUGAUCAUUCAGCUCUUGGCCAUAAUGUGUGUCUCCUGCAUUUGCUGGAGCCCAUUUCUGGUGACAAUGGCCAAUAUUGGAAUCAAUGGAAAUCGUUCGCUGGAAACCUGUGAAACAAUCCUAUUUGCUCUCCGAAUGGCAACGUGGAAUCAGAUCUUAGACCCCUGGGUGUAUAUCCUCCUGAGGAAAGCUGUGUUGAAGAACCUUUACAAGAUUGCAAGACGAUGCUGCGGGGUCCAUGUCAUAAACUUACAUAUUUGGGAGCUCAGCUCCAUUAAAAACUCCUUAAAGGUUGCUGCCAUUUCUGAAUCACCACAUAUCGACAAAAUAAAUCAACAGCCCCCUAGCUUAACAGGUCAAUGA